GAUGCGGGGGGCGGGGCCAGGAGCGGCAGACGCCGGCCGGUAUCGCGAACGCCACCAUGUCGUCCGGUCAGGAAUCCGUUUUCUCCGAGUAUGAGAGCGACACCAGCCAGACAUCGAAGCUGUUGAGAAAAUUUAAAGAGACGCCAUUUGUACCCAUUGGGAUGGCCGGCUUCGCCGUGGUGGUUGGCUACGGGCUGUACAGACUGAAGCACAGGGGUGACAUGAAAAUGUCACUUCACCUGAUUCACAUGCGCGUGGCAGCCCAGGGCUUCGUGGUGGGAGCCAUCACGUGUGGUGUGCUGUAUUCCAUGUUUCGGGAGUACGUGGUGAAGCCCAAGGAGUAAUGGAAAGAUGACUGAAAUCUUGCUCCUGCUGGUAGCUUCUGUACUGCAGCUACAAACCUCAUAUCGAGGGGUUCUUGAGGAAAAAAAAAAAAAUAAUAAUAAUACAUGGUAUUAGAGAAUUGCCCUAUAUCUAAUUUGUGUAAGGUACACUGUGUUGAAGCUGGCAGCCUAAAUGAUUGGGUUUGGUUCUUUCUGAUUGACACUACUAUAUCCCAGUUUUUAGGGGAUAUAGUAGUGUACAAUCCCUUCAUGUUCCCCUCGGCUGUCAGCUCCGUCCUGAAAUUGGUGACUCCUUUUUGCUGCCGUUGCCCAAAACCACAAAGUCUGAACUAGUUUCUGUUAGGCCCCGGGCAGAACCUGGAGGCCGGGUCUGUAAGAUAGUGUCGUGAAUGCUUUGCUGCCAUUUUCUAUCCUGUAUAUUUGUCAGCCUCCAGCUUUGUAAUUUAGAAGCUUCCAGUAGCACUAAAUGACUUCUAAAAUAUUGAGAGAGAUAUAAACAUCUAUUUUUUUUAUUUAAGGCAUGAGAUAAGUAUUUGGUAUGUUGCAAGCUAUUUAAAAGUUAUAUUUAUUCAUUGUUAAUGAAGACACAGGCUCCCUAUUUUUACUAUACAUUUUCAGACUCUCGGAUUACUAUAUUUUGUAACUUUAUUUACAGUGUUCUUCUUAAUAACAUUUAAAUGUAACAUUUAAAUGCAUAUUGUGAAAAUUAAACCUUGGUGUUCUAAUGCUUUUAGUUAAAGUGGAUGAUCUAGCUCUGAUUCCUCCAAUAUCAUUCCCCACAGAAAUUUAAAAACAUUUAAAUCUGGAAAGCCCCCAUCCUCCUCGAUGAGGUGUUAAAACCCUUCUGUGUAAAUUGUCGCUGUUAUAUUACACUCGAACCCCUUGUAUCUCCAACAGCAGUCACAAAAAUAAAUCUGUUGAUAAAGCCAAUUUGUAAAAAAACUCGUUUUCUCCUGUUAGCUUACAUUCUGUGGUGACAGUAUCAUGUCUCUUUGUAAUAAAUACACCAGGGUACGUACUGCACCUCUGUCUGUGAUGUUGUACGGAGCAGUGGGAGAUGAAAUACGAAUAAAUGUGUGAGCGCUGGAGAUAA